AUGGCGGCGCGGGCGCUGGCGCUGGCGCUGGCGCUGGCGCUCUGGGGCUGGGCGCUGGGCCCGGCGGGGACCCUGGACGCCAUGGGCCCCCACGCGGCCGUCCGUCUGGCCGAGCUGCUGACCCCGGAGGAGUGCGACCAUUUCCAGUCGCUCCUGAAGACUCCGGAGCCGGACGUCGAGGCCGAGCUGGCCCGGCUCUCCGAGGACCGGCUGGCCCGCCCCCGGACACCGGGCCCCACGUCCGCGCCUCCCGGCGGGCGGUGGCGGUGGCGGUGGCUGCGGCGGGGGCGGGCGCGGGCGCGGCGGGCGGCGGCCGAGCCGGCGGGGGAGUCGGAGGGCUGCCGGCAGGCGCUGGCGGCCUGGCUGGUGGACGAGGCCUCGACCCUGCCUUGGGACCGCGUGGCCCGGGCCCUGCGGCGCAGCGGCCGCCCCGACGUGGCCCGGGAGCUGGGCAAGAACCUGCACCAGCAGGCGACGCUGCAGCUGCGCAAGUCCAGCCUGCGCCCCGCCCCCGGCCCCGGCCCCGCCCCCGCCCCGCGCCCCCGCCGCGCCGCGCUCCCGGAGCCGGACUGGGACGCGCUGCAGCUGAUCGUGGAGCGCCUGCCGCAGGCCCCGUACGCGCGCAGUCCGGCGGGCUGGGUCGGGCCCCUGGCGCUCGGCCUGGCCACCGGCUUCGUGGGGGCGCUGGGCGCGGGGGCGCUGCUCAUCCCGCUCACGCUGUGGCUCACGGGCGGCGACGGCCCCGGCCCCGGCCCCGGCCCCGACCCCGGGCCUCCCCGGCGCAGGCCGGCCCGGGCGCGCGGCGGGCGGGAGGCGAGGCCGCUGCUGCCUGCGGGGCCGCUCGAGCCGCCGCGGGCCUGGGCUGCACCGGGGCGCCGCGCCCCCUCGCCCCCGUGUCCCCGGCUGUGA